AUGCCGAAUGCAACUUGUGUGGACUUGUCCUAUAAGCAUUCGUUAUCUAUGCAUGAGACUGCAAACGUUCCCGGUGCCCGGGGAGUUCAGAGCUCGCGUUCCCGAGUCAGAACCUCGGGCUGGACCGGCCCCGGCCGGGACCUCGCGUCCCGCAGCUUCAGCGUGGGGGAACCCGGGCGCUCCCCUCUCCUGGGUGCUUACUCCCGCGGAGCUGGGAGAGCCCGGCCGGUGGGAACUGCGGGGGCGGCUCCCCGGGCGGCGACUCGCUGGGCUGCUCGGGGAGAAGGAAUACUCGCCUGUGCGGUGGCCUCCAGCCAAGGAUGGGGUCUCUUUCUCUUGCAGUUCCUGACAGAGCUUACCAGGCUCUUUCAAAAGUGCAGAACUUCGGGGAGUGUUUUCAUAACGCUGAAGAAAUAUGAUGGCCGAACAAAACCAGUCCCACGCAAAGGCCACGUAGAAAGUUUUGAACCAGCAGACAAUAAGUGUCUUCUAAGAGCAACUGAUGGAAAGAAGAAAAUUAGCACAGUGGUGAGCUCAAAGGAAGUAAAUAAAUUCCAGAUGGCAUAUUCAAAUUUGCUGAGAGCUAACAUGGAUGGCUUGAAGAAAAAAGACAAGAAAAGCAAAAACAAGAAGAGUAAAGCAACACAGUGAUGGAAUAGUGUCCUACCAUCACUAUAACAGACUUGACCCUUGCUCAAAGCAAAGUCCAUUUCUUUUUGAGUUACCACUUGUCUUUGGCUUUCCUUCCAGCAGGAUACUGGAAUGUGAUCCGUACUUUUGUUUAAACUGAGAGAAGGUGCUUUCUGUGGAUUGUUGUAUGGCAGGAGUAUUUACAGGGUUACGCUGAAAUAGCUUUACACUCAGCUGCCAACAAUUUUUGUAUGUAUACUGCUGUUUGUUUUGUAUUAUACAAGUGGGCAGUGUAAAACCUGUUUGGGGGGUAACAGGGUGAAGAGAAAUGCACCGUACCAGGAGCACAGUAAGACUGGAGCAGGAGUCUCAGUGACAGAUGCCCAGCUUUACAGAUAAGCCUCAGUAGUACUAGGGAAAGUGGGUGCCAAUGUAUUACCAGGAACAGCAGCUUUCCUGUUUCUUAUUCUGAGGGACAUGUCUACAUGAUGCAGUGCGGAUAUCCUUAAGGCAGCCAGCACAGCGCUUGAGUGCUUGCAGAACCAGGCAGCUGUGCCUUUGCUCCAUGCUGAUCCAGCUGUGCUGACCCUGGCUCAGGGUGGGGGGAGGGCAGGACUCUGCAUCAUGUUCCCUUCAGAUAUGGCUUAAAAAUGCUCAUGUCACCUGAACUCUUUUUUUUUUUUUUUUAAAAAGCUUCAUCCUUCAGUAUAGUCAGGGAUCUGAAUUUCCCCAUACUUCACAUCUUAAAGUAGCUCCUUCAUAUGAGCAGAUGCAAAAGGUGAAUACUUAAUUGUUCCUAUUAAACACAAUGAGAAAUG